AUGACAUCACAGAUAAAACACUCCCACAAUGUUUCCAGAUCUUCACGGCCCCGCAGCUCAACACGGGGUCCUUUAGAUGCACCAGAUGAUUUCACUGCAUCAGCAAGCUCAUCAUCUUCACCAAUUCCGAACAAAAAUACCGAAAUGGAGGUCUUCUUGGGGACUUCUUUUCACGAAUUGGACCCGCUGGCCCCCGAUGAUCUCCCAGAAACGCUGGGCAAAGACCUUUCUUUCAUUCUACGGCAUAAUAUCUUCCAUCCACUAAACCAUAGUGACAUUCCUUCCUCGUUGCGCUCCGAAUUCAUUGUCCUCAACCCCGGCGAACCGCUCUCGUCCUCACUCGGGGUGCUUGAGAAAUUACUUGUUGAAGGUCGUUUCUUGGUCGCUGCACACUUUGCCGCCUCCAUAUUGACCUCCUCUCUGAUAAAACCUACGGAUAUCAGAAUCAUAUUCUCUCUAUUUUAUACCCGCCUUGCCUGUCUAGAGCUAUCCGGAAAUACCGUUCUUGCGGCCCAGGAGUCAAAGGCAUUGGAGGAUUUGAACUCUGCAUUCUAUUAUAUUGACCUUGGGCUUGAUUCCUCCGAAGCAGAUAACAAGGACAAUCAUGUUACCAGUCAUUAUCCUCGUCACAUAGUUCCAUGGCCAUUGCGUGUUCUAGCCGUGAGACUUCAAAGCAUCGGAUUCGGCGAUCCCCGCAGGAGUAUCGGUGGACUAUAUGAGAUUGGGCUGGAAGCACGACGAAAGAUAACGAAUAAAAAAACUGGGGACGCAGAGCGAAAACUUUGGAGAGACAGACUGGCAGACCUAGGAAUGCGAAGUGUCAAUGCUCUAAUCGAAAUGGGUGACCUUGAUGCAGCCAAAAGAUCAUUGGAAAGUCUACAAUCGUCCGAGCCAGACACAGAUAUUACAAAACUGCGAAAAGCGCUUCUCUUCCUACGGACUGGUGAUGUUGAUUCUGCGCAGCGAGUAUUUGGUCACUCCCCCGAAUCGAAGGAGGCGGCCUUGUUGCAGCCGCUCCUGAGCAUGUCAGACGGUCGUUACAAUGAUGCAGUGAACGAAUGGCAGGCUUUACAAGAAGACAAGACAAGGGCAGACGGUGCCUUGAUAGCGCAAAACUUGGCUGUUUGUCUUCUUUACUCCGGAAAACUAGAUCAGGCGCGUCAACUAUUGGAAUCUCAAAUUUCUGCCAAUCACUCAUUCGGCAGUCUUUUUUUCAACCUGUCAACGGUCUACGAACUCUGUUCUGACCAUGCUGGUCAAUUGAAGGGGCAGCUGGCAGCUACCCUCGCAAGUCAACCAGUUUCUGGGCAGACUAACAUGGACCGACCUAACACUGAUUUUAAGCUAUGA